AUGAAUGACACGAUCAUUGAUGGACGCGGCACCUUUCACUGGCUAUUCGUAUCAAACUACUCCAAACUGGUGGUGAUGGACAUGACCAUCAAUGGAUGUGUGUCCAAACGCAUCUCUGGCGGUGCCAUCUCCAUCAUAGCACUCAGCCAGGCACACUUUAUCCGCACGCGAUUCACCAACAACAUGAGCGCACACUCUGGCGGUGCACUAUUCUUUGAACAAUCCAAGGUCAACAUCACAACAUCAAUAUUUAGAUUGAAUUGGGCACAAGAGAAUGGAGGUUCAAUAUUCAGUUUCCAGUCAGUGCUAAUGUGUUUCCGAUCGACAUUUAUAAGCAAUCGGUGUCAACAGGGCAAAGGUGGUGCAAUAUCCAUGGUCUUCUCAAACUCCACAAUCACAUACUCUCAAUUCUUCUACAACAAAGGAGUCUCAUCCGGUGGAAUCCACACAUUUGGAUUGGUACAUCGUGUUUCAAGUUGUUUGUUCCAGAGUAAUAAUGCUAAUGGAGGUGGAGCAGUUGGUGCAUUCUACAUGAGUUUCUUAAGAUUGGACAAUAAUGUAUUCUUUAAUAAUACCGCCAACUUUACUGGUGGCGCAAUGUUCGUGGCGACUGAAGCAUUGGUGACGGUAUUGGACUCAUUGUUCUCGGAUAACUAUGCACCCAACUGUGGCAUCAUUGAAUCACAUGCAUUCAAAGCGCUCACCAUCGAGCGAUCAAUCUUUGCCAAUGGAAUAUGGGUUGUCAAUGCACAGAUUGGCAAGUACGAUAGUUUCUGCAUGAUGAACAUCCAAGAUUGUUACUUCUACAAUCUAUCUGGGCCUGUGAUCCUAGCCGAUUCAAUCUCUUCAAUCUCUCUGACAUAUUGUAAAUUCGAUGGUAUAUUCUCCAGCUCAGUCUUGAAGAUCACUCAUGAAGCAUCAGUGCACAUGGUCGGUGCCUGGUUCGUAUAUAAUAAUGUAGACGAUAUCAUUGUUAUUCAAUAUGGUUCAACUGUUACAAUGGACAACUCAAUAUUCUAUUUGAACAAUGCAACGUCAAUCAUCAAUUCCAAAUUCCGAAGUAACUUCUAUAUAUUCGGGUCACAAUUCUAUCUCAACAGAGCCUAUGGAGCAAUAAUCACUGGCACAGGAGGCUACAACAUCCGCGUAGUAUCAUCAUACUUCAUGGCAAAUAAUGGUGUCAAUAGAGGAUGUAUAUAUGAGUUGGAUCAAACUGGCACACUUACAUCAAAUGGCUCACUGUAUGAAGGCAACAGGGCAGUGUGGGGCACGAUAUUGUACGCUACCACGAGUCUGGUUGGAUACCCGAGUACCAAACCUUUUGUAUUCUCAGGGGAUGCAUUCAGAUUGAACAUUGCCAAUCGUUCAUCACUCUUCCACUACAAUGGCAACUACACCAACAAGUUGAUAUUCAAUGAUGUCGAAUCAACAGAGAACGUGUUAUCUUAUGGCUACGACCCCUUGAUGCCCACGACCAUUAUCAGUAGUUUCACUGUAUAUUUGGAGGAUGAUAAUGUUGUUCCAAACGUUCCAGUUAACAUCAACAUCACAGUGUACGAUCAACUUGGUCAUCAGGUACUUGGUCGCAGUGACAUGUCAUUCUUUGUUAUCCCAUGUGAUAACGUACUUCUACAAGGACGCACAGUGGCCGACCUAUUCCCCAGCGGUCAAGCAUCAUUCCAUGACCUUCACAUCACUGGCAUGCCAGGUACAAACUGCAACCUAACCUUCCUCUCCAUGCCAUACUCAUUGAAACCUGUUACCAAGAUGAUUACAUUCAUUCUUCCACCCCAUGAUCAGUUAUUGGUACAGUUUGGCGGCGUCAUAUUUUAUGGAUUACAUCAGGUCAAGGUAUCACGUGGUGCACUUAUCGUGUUGGGAGUGUUCAACAUAUUAGUACUGCUACUGGCAUUAGUGUGUACAGUGAUCACUUUUAUAUAUCGCAAGAGCAGAGUGAUCCGAUACUCCAAUCCACUAUUCCUCUACAUUGUCCUCCUUGGCUGUAUCCUCUCGCUCGUAGGCUCCGGAGUAUUCUACCUCACCAAGUCACGUGGAGUAUGUCUGGCACAGUUCAUUAUAUUCCCAAUAUCAACGAGUUUGGUAGUGUGCUCAGUGUUGGUCAAACAGUUUAGUAUGUGGAGAUUGCUGGAGGAUAUACAGUAUAUGAGGGAGACGAAUGUGGAGAACUCAUUCUUGAUCAAGUCUUUGGCAUUGUUAUUGAUCAUUCCAGUGAUAUCAGUGGUACUCAGUGGUAUAUUCCUGAAUGGACGUACAUCUAAAGAGUUUGAUCUAAGUGAUCCCGCAUCUUACUAUAUCCGUUGCAAUCUAGUACGUUCAGAGAUAUUCAUUGUAGUAGAGUUAGCCUAUCUCCUUGUAUGCCUCAUCAUUGGAUGUUACCUAGUAUACACAUGUAGGAAGUAUCGUAGUUUCCCUGGUACAUUCAAUGAAGCAACAUAUGUUGGAUUAUUGUUAUACAACUACUUGAUCAUUAUUACUACGACGAUGCCAUUGACAUUUAGCUUCAAUGGUAAUCCAACAGCAAGAUUCCUUAUCCUGGAAGUAGCCUUAAUAUUAUUUGUUAGCAGUACGAUCAUAUUGAUAUUCUUCCCAAAGUUUAACUUCCUCUGGCGUAACAAGGCUAUCAUUCAAUCAGUGAGUAUACCAGUACACUAUGGCCAUCCCUAG